AUGGAGCAGCAGAUGGGCCCGCUGCCCGCAGUUCGAGUCACUCCUGGACGACCAUUCCAAGUAACAGGAUUGGACUAUGCCGGACCACUGCCAAUACUGUUUUCAAAAGGACGUAAGGCUCCGUCGACCAAAGGUUACGUCGCCAUCUUUAUCUGCAUGGUUGUCCGAGCGGUCCACGUUGAGGUGGUGUCGGAUCUGACCACCAGUGCUUUUCUCGCAGCGUUCUCUCGCUUUUGCGCUCGACGGGGAAGACCUGCGGUGCUCUAUUCAGACAAUGGAACUACCUUUAAGGGAGCAUCGAGAGAGCUGCGUGAACUCUUCUCCAAAAGCUCGCCUCUUCUCGAGCGUGCAAGCAAUCGUUUGCAGAAGAAGGGCAUAGUUUGGACGUUCAUCCCUCCCAGGGCACCACACUUCGGCGGUUUGUGGGAGGCCGCCGUGAGGAGCUUCAAAUACCACUUUCGACGGGUCAUUGGCGACGCGAGGCUCACAUUUGAGGAGCUUUCAACUGUGGCUGCGCGCAUCGAAGCGUGUUUGAACUCGCGACCACUGUGUCCUCGCAGCAGCCGACCAGAGGAUUUGGAGGCCCUUACCCCGGCUCAUUUUUUGGUUGGGUCUUCGCUGCUGGACUACCCUGAGCCUUACGAUGAUCGAACUCUCAACUUUACUAGUCGCUGGAGGUUGUUGCGCGGCAUGCGUGACUUGUUUUGGAGUCGAUGGAGAAGAGAAGUGCUCUCACAAAUGCAGCAGAGGAGCAAAUGGCUGACCGCACGGGAGAGCUUGCAGCCAGGUGACAUGGUGCUGCUGAAGGAUGAUCUAUGCUCGCCAUCGUCGUGGCCGCUGGCACGCGUCGAGCAGGUUCAUCCAGGUUCUGAUGGAUUGGUCAGAGUUGCGACUAUCAAGACCGCAAGCUCAACUUUUACAAGACCAAUUGUCAAAUUGAUUAAGCUGCCGACUGAUGCUCAAGCCGAGGAAUUUUACUGUCGGCUCAAUGAAAAGGAGACGAGCGAAUGA